AUGGCCCAUUGCGAGCGGGCCUCUCGGCCUCUCAUUCAAUGCCUUCAGAGGUCCUCAAUGAGGGGCCUCUCUGGCCUCCAGCUGCAGACGACGCGCGCUUUCCAGACUACGGUAGUCGCCCAGGAGGAAGCCCAGACCGAAGCCGCGAGCCAACCGUUUUAUAAAUCGCCCGAUCCAUCACUUGUGUCAAGUCCCCGGUUAGAGCGAAGAUUGAUGCGACAGGGUAUCUUGCCGGUCGGAUCUCGUCGACGUCGUGCCGCGCUGCAGGGUGCGUCCAGCGUGCCUAUCGAACAGCUUCCCUACCAAUGUUUCCAGGAAGCACGCAAGGUCCUACUUUCGGAUCGAGAACAGAAGCUGGAGGAAAUUACCGCUACUAGUGAGAAGAUUGCGAAGAUCCAGGCUCUGCCGGCAGAGGAGCGAGCGAAGAACUCUACCCACUCCCGGAUCCGCGCGUUGGAGAUACACCUUGAGAAGCUCAAGGUUCUCGCUGAUAUCAACGAUCCUUUGGUGAAGAAGAAGUUUGAAGAUGGACAAGGUGACAUGAGCAAACCUAUCUACCGCUACCUCGCCGAUCAGAAAUGGAGAGAGUACCGCCGCAAGAUCAUCAUCCAACGAAUUACGCAAAUGAAAGUGAUUCCCGACGUUCUUCCCCAUUGCGACCCGGCUGUCGACACCAAGCUUUAUUUCAACAGAAAGGCCGUGCAGCCUGGAGAAUUUGUCAACUCUUUGGUCAGCACCAGCGCCCCUAAACUCGACGUGCAAGUGUUCGACGGUGAAGAGAAGCUGGUAACUAUCGCUGUCGUCGAUUCGGACGUUCCCAACGUCGAGGAGGACAGCUUCGAUUACAAGAUGCACUACCUUGCCGUCAACAUCCCCAUCUCGGCUAUCAACACCAAGGUCGACCUCUCCCAGCUCUCGACAGAGUCGCAGCUGGUCAUGCCCUGGCUUCCCCCUGUUGCUCAGAAGGGCAGCCCCUACCACCGAUUGUCGCUCUUCAUCUUGGAGCAGAAAAACAACAAGCCUUUGGACUUUGCGGCCGUCAAGGCGAAGGAAACCAGCCGCGACAACACCCUCCUCCGCACAUUACAAGCGCGGUAUCACCUCAAGCCCAUUGGAGCGCACCUGUUCCGAACUCUCUGGGAUGAGGACACAGCGGAAGUCAUGAAGCAGAUUGGCUUCCCCGAAGCCGAAAUGGAGCUCCGACGCAAGAGAAGCGAGGCUCUGCCUUACAAGAGAAGGAACCCCUCUACCUUCCGGUAA